AUGUCUGGGACUAUAGCUACCACCUGUGCUUUUGAAAUGGAAAAACUUUACAUCGGCUCUGGUAAAAAAACAAAGGAGAGACGAUCAGGUAGGAAUGUCAUGUUUCUGAUCUUAUUCUUUUCAUAGGCUUUGUUUGCGAGUGUGAGAAAAGUUUUAUGACUACCUUGUACAGCUUACCACAAAAACUUCUGGCCUCGAAUAGGAUUUGACAGACAGAGUCAUAAUUAGUUAUAAUCACCUUAUACGGAAUAGUAAACAGAACAAGAAAAAAAUACUGCCGAUUGGUUAUAUUUCAUUAUAAUGGUUACACAUUUCACGAAACUUUAUCUGCAAACUACAGACUCAAAAUCGAUUUUGCAAGUAGCGAAGCACCGGCGUGAUUUUUCUCACCUCUACUCCAGACCAUCCACUGACCGCUUGCGCGCCUGUUCUUACCCUAAACAAAUAUACGGGUUGUUUUGCAGUCUACUGCAUUGUAGGCUCAAUAAACAACACCACAGGAACGUACUGACCUAGGGACUAAAAAAUUAGAAUUGUAUAUUUUUCUAGCUCAAGUAUUUUAAGGCAUGGCUUUUCCUUUGAUCCUACACCCUAUAUUUGUUCUGAUAAAUGUGAUGAAAUUUUAAGUUCUGACUUCCUCCAACGAUAUCAUGCGUAGAAGAAAUAAUUUGACGCCUUUAAUUUCCCCGCGGGUUUACUUUGAUCACGUACCUGAUGGUGCCUUAAUUAAUGCGGAAUGUAAAUUAAAGUGUACCCAAGGAUGAUUUAUGUUCAGAUGUUGAUAUUAUACCCAUCAUUUGCUCAUCCCGGCGGCCCACUUAAGAAAAAUCAUGAUCAGGUCAUGCGUUCGAACAUAUUUGCAAAUUUGUGCAAAUUAUGCUGUGUGUCAUGUUUUUAACAUGCUUGAGAGCAUGCGAUGCAGGCCCCGGUUGUUACUGCAAAGCGCGAAAACAGACGAAGUCGAGCGUGAAGCUCGAGAGACGAGUGCGAAUCGCGAGAUGACGGAAAGGGUCAAGUUUAAGGCAAACGGCAAACGCAAACGUGAAUUUCUACCACGUGACCAAUUUUCUCUUAACUUGUGCUUUACUGCUCAUUACUUCUACCCCCAAAUAAGUAGCUUCACGUUAGUUUUGUCUGUAACAAUUGUUUUGGACUGUUUUUAGCUGUACUUUUUGUGUUUUGAGAAAUUCUCAACUUGAAUCUGACGUUUGCCGUAAACGUCACUCUAAAUCUGUGAAAUCUCUCUCUUACUCUCGCCAAUAAAUGACGUAUGUUAUGUGUGCUACAAUUUUUCGUAAUAAGACUUUAACGGUGUUUUGGCAAUGUUUGGUAACGGUGUUUUGGUCGCACUUUCUGGAAAGAGAUUUGGUAGAAAACGUCUGCGCGUAGAUUAUCGCCAAAAAAAACUGGAAGUUCUUUCAUCCACGUUUGACUGUAUCCACACGAACUCCACCAUUCUCAUCUUGGUUAUAAUUUCUUAAUGGUUCACGCUUUUUAUGUGACGACGUUCUUUCUUUCUUAUUUUUUUACAAUCUAAUUUAUACAAAUAUAGAUCGUAAAUCAAACGUCGCUCUCAGAGAACCCUGGUAAAGAGGUGGUUGACAUCUCUCUCUUCCCAUUGUGAUGUCAUAUUUGUAAGGGUUCGCGCGCCUGGGUUUGUUAAGACUGCUACCAAUGUUAAACAUCUUAAUAUUUCGCUCUGCUUUACCUCAUGAGAAGAGAAGAUAAACCAAGCGCAAUGAAGGUACUUGUAAAAAGUGUAUUGCAAAGUGUCCCUUGUGGCCACUGCCGCUGACAAGUAACCAGACAGCGGAGAGAAGCAACAACCAAAUUCAGUGCGUCUGUUUUCGUAGGCUGCCUUGGACAUAGAUCUCAGUAAGGACACUUAGAAUGAAAAAACGCGGAGGAUAAGGUUUAUACUUCUUGGUUAAUUCUUUAUCUUUCUUCUUUAGUCAAGAUGCCUAUCAUAAUGGCAGGAGAAAACCAAGAAGUUCCUUUAUCCGACAUAUAUAUGGCCAAAAUGAGAAUAGAAAAGGAUUUUAAGGCUACACCUUGUACGGCAAGUAUUUUUACUUUUUACCAUUAUUCUUCCUUGUUUUUACUUAGCUUUGUACAGCCACGUCCUGUAAGGGCGUAUCAAUGGGAGUUGUCAAGAUCCCCCGGGUUACCAUAAAAUCCCCUCAUUAAUUAAGGUCGAAUAUCUGUAUAAGAACCUUCUCUGUAGUUACUUCGCCAUAAAAACUGUAACUGUCUGCUUUUUUUUUCAAACAGAAAACCUCCUUUGGUAAUGAUUUUGGACUUGAAGUUGCCUUAAAAGAGGAAAACCUCUCACCAACUGGAAGGUAUUUUGCUCGGUUCCUGACUUCACUUCAUGCUGUAACUAAUCUACACCGAGGCAUCGUCUCACCGUUUAUCACAUCUUCUCUCUCUUUCUAUUCUCAGUUACUACGACAGAGCAGUGCUAAAUUCUCUCUUGGUUUUACCAGAGGUAGGAUGCCUAUAUCCUUUCUCAUACUAUAAAUUUACGAUUUUUUGAGUUCAUUCAGCUGGACAGGUAUAUUUUGCUUGUUGAAUUUUCCUUUCAUGGAUAGCGCAACACGUUUUAAAGAGAGUGGGCUUCAAUCCUCUUCUCCCCUACCCUUCCCUCCCCUCCCCUCCCCUCCCCUCCCCUCUCCUCUCCUCUAAAAAAACGUUAACUUUGUUCGGUAGAAAGAAAAUUAAAAGCAAUUCUUGCAGAAAGCAAGGCUGCUUAAGCCCCCCACCCUCCCCCCACACUUCGGUCUCCCCCUCCCUGUGCAUAAUUUGUAAGUUAGACUGCGAGCAGUUCCGCCUUUUUUCUUCAGAUGUAGUAAUGCAAGAAACGAGGGUGUCUUUUAAUUUUAUCACUCCCGUGGUCAUUUUUGUGUCUCGCCCGUUUUUCUCGACGGACUAAGAAGAAAGAGAGAUUGCUUGUAGUCUACAGAAAGUUGAAUGUUUUUACUAGUGAUUUGAAACUAUGAGGAAUUACUUUUUGUGAGAAUAAACUGUAUAUAAAGAAUACCGAUUGUAAUGAAAGGUACAUUUUCGGCUGAUAGGAUCAACAAAGACGAGGUGUUAUUACAGCUACAGAAUGCAGACCCUUUAUCCGAGCGUUGUUCCAUUAUGGACCAAAGCUCGGGGUACCUGUGACCAUUGUGGUUCCAAACGGAAGUAAAAUUCAAACUCAGAUGUGCAGUCAGCCAGGAAGAGUUAUCGUGAGUUGUGGCGCUGAUAUAAAUGAGGUGAAUAAAUGUUUUUACUUGCCAAUAAACUGACAAGAAAUCAGCAAUCUUUCCCUCUGUCCUCGAUUCAGAGAGGUCGCUAAGCAUUGAAGCGGUUUUAUUGUUUUGUUUCGACAGCUCCUCUCGCACGAAAGAGACUCAUCUGACUUAUGCGACUGAUGCGUAGGCUUUUAUAGAUUAUGUUCGCAAAAGUAGCAUAAUUAUGCUACGAGCAGUACUCGUAUAUUUCUAAAAUUAUGCCAAUAAUUAUGCUAGUCUUUGUAAAUUAUGCUCAUUUUUUCCCCUCGUCUCCCAAACAAAAGGGAAGAAGGACCUCCUGAUAGCAGGUUAAAUCGGGCCAAACAAAAACGUUGCACGAUAAAUAAAUGACAAUUUUAAGCUGCAAAACUAGCCAAAAGUGCAAAUUAUACUGGUAGUGCUUUUUUCGAAAAAAAGGUGACAAUUAUGCUUAUGACGACGAGUUAUGCCAAAAAUUAUGCUAGCAUAAUCUAUCAAAGCCUACUGACUUAUGCGAGGUGCAUCCCUACCUGAUACCAAACCCAUGGAAGACACCAGCGGCAGUCACUACCAGAGAUUGUUAAGUCUCCAAUAGUGUUUUUCUUCUUUCAAUGGAGACUUUACUCUAAUAUUUCUCUAACAUUUCUCUAGUAUCCAUUUCUAUUUUUCGUUUUUCCUCUGUGACCCAGAUAUAGUGGUUGCAAAUAAAAGGAAUCUAUUGAAAAUGUCAACAUGUUCGGUAUGGAAUGAAUUUUUUCUCUUAGUUCUGUUCUUAUGUAUGCCAUUACGAAUUCCAAAAUAGUGUCAGUUUUCAACGUGUAUUGGUGAAUGCGCGGGGAUUUUUUAAUCUGAGAAUCAUCUUCUAUGGUCAACUCUCUUCAAUUUUCUGUCUUUUUUCCAUCUCAGGCAAAAAAGAACGCCAAAGAACUUGCCAAGGGAGUUAGACUGGAAUAUAUAGAGAGGUAAUGAUUAGCUUGUAAUUUAAUGAAAUUAAUUUUCAGUGAAAGUGUUGUCUGAACAAACCUUUGCUAUUAAAAUACUCUUAUUGCUGCCUUUUUGAAAGAAGGAGAAAUCUAACUUUCAGAAAGCUCAGAAAAAAAAACACGGAAAAAACGGGGCUCAAGGUGAGAAUCGAAACUGAAUUUGUUUUGUCAAUCUCGAGAACUCAUUUUCCUGAGAAAACCUUUAAAAUCUCCGGAAAAACAAAAAUCACACGAUCCCUGGGAUUGAAGAAAGUUCUUCCAUCCCACUAUACUAUCAAUUUCAAGCAUGAUAAGCGCGAAUAAUCCAUUCUAUUUGCAAUGCUUCAUUAUAAAUGUUUAUCAGCAGGAGACAAAAUUGGGUAAUGGCUCCGGAGACCCCUUUAUAUGUAACUUCAAAUGAGCGCUACCGGCAAAGUCACCACCUCUCUCGCAUCUCCUUCCGCGCACAGCUCUCGCAGUCGGGCAUGACUUCAUGAUAUCCCCAAUUGGAAAGCUUUUUUAAAGGCUGCUUUCUGAGCAAAAGACACCGAGUAACUCUUCAUGAAAAAAAAAACAAACUAACGGCACUUAGCUAGCCUGGCCUUGGGCCCGGGGUGGAGGGGCUUUGGGACAUUGAUUUUGACGGGCCACGGUUCAAUCUGACAUCACUGACGUGCUUUACACUACACAUGAGCCAAAUUCUUAAACUCGUUUCUUGCUACGGUUCUUUUACAGAGACCACAGCUCCUCCAUGUUAGCAGGCUUAUGUACCAUGGGUUUUGAGAUUUUAGAACAAUAUGGAUCCAACGUUCAAGCUAUCCUUGUCCCUGGAAGUGAGAAAAACCUUCUGAAAGCGUUAAAAUGUUCUAUAAAAAGCAUAUCUCCCCAUGUGCAAAUCAUAGUAAGUCUGACUCUGCUUUUUUUUGUUUUCCUUGGGAGAUUCUCAGAUAAAAAUGACGGGGAUGCACGUCGUCUUCCUUUGGGGUGUUAAUCGCAGUUUUGGUCUUAUUUAGGGUAUUCAGGACCGUGUGUGUUAAUAACCUGAACACGAACCAUGCCUGAGCCCAACAGAACACGUCAAAUGAAUCAAACAGAACAAAAUAAAUAAAGCAAGCAGAAAGACAGUUUACAGUAAGGAUCUCAAAAGAGUGACCGUUUUUGAUUUAUUCACAUUCUUCCAUGCAGAUUUAAUCCAAUCAGAAGCCAGCUAGAAAAUGUCCUCGACUUCUGAUUGGUUAAUGUCUGCAUGAAAGAAUGCGAGUUAAUUAAAGAAGGUCACACCUUUUUGGGCUCCUUGCUGUAAUAUUUACAGAAAAGAGAGUACAGCAUUUCUGUUUGCUUGUUUCACCUUUUAUUGCUAGGCUUUCCGUAGUGUUCUGGGGUGUUUAAAUCGUCCUAAUUUUCAUACAUGUGCGUCAAGUCAUAUCCGUAAAAAUAAUGAUAAUGAUAAUUCCCCAUGUUAGAAAAGAGUGCCGGAAACUGGGGCGAGUUAACUUUCGCAAAGGCUUCUGGAACUGUUACUAUUUCGGUACCAGUUCCCUUCUCGUUUCUAAAGUGGCGAAUGGUCAGCCUCGUUCCCAGUCGUCCUCGGCGAUUUCGGAUGUGACGUCACCUGUCAAGGUUGUCGGGAAAAUUCGCCGAGGAAAAUUCGCGCUCGGUUCCAAGCCUCUUCUAGUGACUCGGAUAGCGCGAACUGGCCUGAGUGCGAGGCUGAUGAAUGAUAACAAGAGCGAACGCCGUCAUACUGUGUUGAAAUAUGUUUGUAAAGUAAAACCUGAACCACGCCUAGAUUGGUCUCCUUUAAAAUUAAGGACUCGAAUUUAUAUGGGAGCCCCUCGGCCCCCGGUUGUUAUAGUUAAAAACGCUCCGGCUCAACAUCAUCUCCCUCGUACAUUCAUAGAUAUUUUAUAUUACCAGGGAGUCCACAUGCAGGACAAAGAGCAUACAGAGAGUACGGGUAAGAUGUGUAUUGCUUCUUUUUAUUCAUAGUUACCAUAUUAAACCUUAAGCACAUAAACACCUCAACUACCCAUAAAAGGGCUAAGCCACGGUAUUUAGCAAAAUUAAAACGGUAAAAACUUCCACCCAAUUCAUGAAAUCAUAAAAAUAAACGCUCAAGACAUUAAAAGAAGGAAUAAAUAACAAGGCGAAUUCAAAAGAAGGUACAGAUGCACAUAUUUGAAGAUUAUAUAUUAAAACGGAUUGAAGUUGAAAACUUUAGUAACAGUUUUUCAAGGUUCACUUUCGUUGUUUUUUAACGUUUAAGGCAUAUUUGGCAGAAGCUGUAAUUUUGUCAUUUACAGGUAAAUUUCGUUGCUAGCAUGAAGUUCCAUAGCACAUAAAGGACACGUAUUGGCAAAAUGAACAAGACAGCCGUGACACAGUCCCUUUAACCAUGCCCCUGAAUUUUUUGUGGUUUUACAAAUUUCGUUGUUGUGCUCUAUCCUGUACAUAUCUCACUAUUUCGUAUAUUUGCUUCUUUUCUAAAAAAACUUUAUUUUAUGGCCUUAGAUUCCAAUUUCCUGGAUAUGAUAAACGAAUCAGAUAGCGUGCUCCAGGUCAGGUAAGUUUUAAAAGCAUUUAGAACAUGAAAUUGCUUCUUCUUGCUAAAAACAAUGGUUGCCUGGAUUAUUUCUGGCCUUGAGGGCAGUAACACAUGUUAUUUCCUUGGGGCUUUGUUUGAGUUUUCUGAAUUUCGGCUGGUCGACUCAAGGUGGAUAUUUCCACUGUAACGAAAUUUUUACGUGCGUACGAGCGUAAAUGAAAUGUAUGAAAGGUUGCGCGUAAACGUGAACCUCGCUCAAGUCAUAGUUAUUAGAGGAGACUGGUUAUGAAAAGCGGCAAACAUCAAUGAUAAAAACAACAGUGCUGCAGUUUAUGUUGGAAGCACCCUGAAAGUGCACAAUCCUUUGUUUUCUGUUGGCAAAUUGUUNAUUUCGUUGUUGUGCUCUAUCCUGUACAUAUCUCACUAUUUCGUAUAUUUGCUUCUUUUCUAAAAAAACUUUAUUUUAUGGCCUUAGAUUCCAAUUUCCUGGAUAUGAUAAACGAAUCAGAUAGCGUGCUCCAGGUCAGGUAAGUUUUAAAAGCAUUUAGAACAUGAAAUUGCUUCUUCUUGCUAAAAACAAUGGUUGCCUGGAUUAUUUCUGGCCUUGAGGGCAGUAACACAUGUUAUUUCCUUGGGGCUUUGUUUGAGUUUUCUGAAUUUCGGCUGGUCGACUCAAGGUGGAUAUUUCCACUGUAACGAAAUUUUUACGUGCGUACGAGCGUAAAUGAAAUGUAUGAAAGGUUGCGCGUAAACGUGAACCUCGCUCAAGUCAUAGUUAUUAGAGGAGACUGGUUAUGAAAAGCGGCAAACAUCAAUGAUAAAAACAACAGUGCUGCAGUUUAUGUUGGAAGCACCCUGAAAGUGCACAAUCCUUUGUUUUCUGUUGGCAAAUUGUUACGGAACAAAUUAAUGCACUGUUUUUAUGGGUCAAUACAAUCAAAAUGAUAGGAAUUCUUUUGAAUGUUGUGCACUUUCAGGUCCACAAAAACAUAUAACAAAGGAGUCUGACGGGUUUCAUAACCAUUCCACUCAAUUAACUAUGCUCAAGUUAACUUUUUCUGUUUUUUCCGUCCUAUCAUUCCCCGUUCGCGCUAUGCUAAAAAGGUCUAUUUAAGCUUUUCUCGUUUUCAUCUCUAGCAAUGAGGAUGUUUCAAAAGCCGUUGGACGAGUCGUGGAAGAGAAAGGUUUUCUCACACUGUUAAGUGAAGAAGGAGUGAUGGCGUUAGCUGCAUUACUGUCUUCACCUCUCACUCAGUUAGAAAGGCAUGUAUAAACCCACAGUCACCGUGAUAAUUACUUGUACUUUUACCAUGUAUAUCCCAGGUGUCCAGAUUGCGGAGACGGCUGAAACUGGCUAACUAAUUUUUUUGUAACACGAUAGGCUCGUCACCAAAACAAAUCUCGCUAUCCGAGCGAGCGAAUGGAUGGAAGGCUAGGGAUUGCUUACCGGGUGACGUCACGUCCUAACUCACUAAGGACGAGUGUUCGUCUUUAAAUAUCUCCCUAACCCCACAACUCACUGCUUUUUCCUUUCCACUUUUCUUUGUACUGUUCCCAUUAUCUGAUCAGCACUGAAGCCCCGUCCAGACGUAUCCGUUGUUGUUUUUUUGAAUCGUUUUCACCAGAAGCCCAAAUUGGAGGAGAAAAUCUCCGUUUUAAACAAAAACGGAUACGUGUAGACGAGGCCUGAAUAUCGUUACUCAGCCAAGCAGGAUGCAGAAUGCUGGUAAAACUGUUUGUUCAUGGGUGCCUCAAAGAUUUUUAAGAUCCUUGAAGCUGUUGUCCAAUUUCAGCCUAACAAGGGAUGCUGUCUGUGUGCUCAAAAUAAAUACGUGUGAAUUUUUUCAUUGAGAAAGUCUUUUUUAAUUUUCCAUAGGGUGGUGGUGGUGUGUUCAGAGUGCCUUGUACCCAGUCUACUUCAAAUAGAACAGGUCUUGAAGGCAGGCCUGGUUGCUUAA